AAAAUAUAAUAAACUUUGAAUGCUUGGUGAAGGAGAGAGGGACUUAACAUUCAGGCGGGCCCCUUAACCCACUCACCCUACUGAAUCCAAUGAAUCCUCUUCUUGCAUCAUUGCCCCUUCUAUAAAUACAUCCACCUAAGGUAUCCCAUUUCACAUCCCCCCAGCACUUACUCUCCCUUCCUCUUUCCAUCUUCUUUCUUCUAUUCAAUCUCCUCCACACACACACACACACACACACACACACACACACAUAUAUCUCUGCUGCUAAACUCAAUUAAUAACAGCAUAUACUUUGAUGGGCAACGCUGAUUAUCUGUACCCUUCCACCAAUGAGUACCGUCAAUGUGCUCACCCAGUGGCGGUUCCUCCGCCACAACCAUUCUUCAAGUCAUUCAAAAACUCUCUCAAGGAGACGUUUUUCCCAGAUGACCCUCUUCGACAAUUCAAGAACAAAACACCCUCUCGGAAGUUUUUUCUGGGACUGCAAUAUUUCUUGCCCAUUCUUGAAUGGGGUCCUCGUUACACCUUCCAGUUCUUGAAAUCUGACCUCAUUUCGGGGAUCACCAUAGCCAGUCUUGCUAUCCCUCAGGGUAUUAGCUAUGCAAAGCUAGCUAACUUGCCGCCUAUACUCGGCCUAUAUUCAAGCUUUAUUCCACCACUGAUUUAUGCGAUGAUGGGAAGUUCAAGAGAUUUGGCAGUAGGGACUGUUGCAGUUGCAUCACUUCUCAUAGGUUCUAUGUUGGGGGACGAAGUAAACGCUACUGAGAAUCCUACGCUUUAUCUUCACCUUGCUUUCACAGCAACUUUUUUCGCCGGCCUUCUGCAAGCUUCCUUAGGCCUCUUAAGGGUAGGGUUUAUAGUCGAUUUCCUUUCACAUGCGACGAUAGUAGGGUUCAUGGGAGGAGCAGCCACCGUAGUGAUAUUGCAACAGCUAAAGGGAAUUCUAGGACUUCAACACUUCACCCAAUCUACUGAUAUUAUCUCCGUCUUGCGCUCUGUGUUUUCCCAGAUUCAUGAGUGGAGAUGGGAGAGUGGUGUGCUGGGCGCUGUUUUCCUUUUCUUCCUCCUCCUCAGCAGAUACUUCAGUAAAAGACGACCCAAAUUCUUCUGGAUAUCAGCAAUGGCACCUUUGACAACGGUCAUUCUUGGAAGUCUACUCGUUUACUUGACCCAUGCUGAAAAACACGGUGUUGAUGUGAUUGGAAACUUGAAGAAAGGGUUGAAUCCACCUUCUUUUGGGGAUUUCGUAUUUACCUCUCCCUAUUUGACAACAGCUGUGAAGACUGGCAUGAUCACUGGCAUCAUUGCUCUUGCUGAAGGAAUAGCAGUGGGGAGAAGUUUUGCAAUGUUCAAGCACUACAACAUUGAUGGGAACAAAGAAAUGGUAGCCAUUGGGACCAUGAACAUUGUUGGUUCUUGCUUUUCUUGCUAUCUCACAACUGGGCCAUUCUCUCGAUCAGCUGUUAACUUCAAUGCGGGAUGUAAAACAGCAAUGUCAAACGUUGUAAUGGCCAUUGCAGUUAUGUUCACAUUGCUGUUCUUAACACCAUUGUUCCAUUAUACUCCCCUCGUAGUGUUGUCUGCAAUUAUAAUCUCUGCAAUGCUUGGCCUCAUUGAUUACGAGGCUGCAAUUCAUCUUUGGAAAGUCGAUAAAUUCGAUUUCGUGGUGUGUAUGGGUGCAUAUACCGGUGUUGUUUUCGCGAGUGUGGAGGUCGGAUUAGUCAUAGCGGUAUAUAUCUACGAAAACACAAAUGAAAUGAACUUAUUUCCUUCAUCCAAACAACAAAAUUCUGUAAUAAUCCUUUGGUGUAAAAUGCAGGUUGCUAUCUCUGUUCUGAGAUUGCUGCUGUUUGUUGCGAGACCGAGGACCUUCGUUCUUGGAAACCUUCGGAAUUCAACCAUCUAUAGGAGUGUUGAGCAAUAUCCAACUACAAACGAUGUUCCUGGGAUUCUUAUACUUCAAAUAGAUGCUCCAAUUUACUUUGCUAAUUCAAGCUACUUAAGAGAAAGGAUCUCAAGGUGGAUUGAUGAAGAGGAAGACAAGUUGAAAUCUACAGGGGAAACUAGCUUACAGUAUGUUAUAUUUAAUAUGAGUGCUGUUGGUAACAUUGAUACCAGUGGAAUAAGCAUGCUCGAAGAAGUGAAGAAAAUAACUGAUAGAAGGGGGCUCAAGCUUGUGUUGGCCAACCCUGGAGCUGAAGUGAUGAACAAACUGAACAAAUCGAAGUUCAUAGAGACAAUAGGUAAAGAAUGGAUAUACUUGACAGUAGGAGAAGCUGUUGAAGCCUGCAAUUACAAGCUUCAUACAUGCAAACCAGACACCACCAAUGAGGACUCGCAACCAUGGAACAAUGUCUAAUCUUAAUAGAUUUUUUAUGCACCAGAAACAUAAAUUUUCUUUUAAAUUAAAGCCCAAGUAUGUACCGGUUAGUACUCGCUUCUGCAUUAGAGAAUCAGAAUGUAUGAUGUUAGGCAUUGCUGAAUCAACAAGAAAUAACCCAAUUGUGAA